AUAGCGUCGCGACGCACAGCGUCCGACUUAGUCUCUAGUCAGCGUCAUCGUUCAAAAGUCGUUCUCCUUCAGGAAAGCACAGUCCCCGUGGCAACGUCGACAGCGUUCAACGAAAGGAAAAAGGGGAAACAUGCCGGCCCGCAACAAGGAACAAGAGACUGAGAUCUUAGACUGGAUCCAGGCCGUUCUUGGAGAAAAGCUCCCACCUGGAAAUUACGAGGACAUACUUAAAGAUGGAGUGAUCCUGUGCAAACUCAUCAAUAAGCUGGCACCUGGCUCAGUGAAGAAAAUUCAGAGCAAGGGAACUAACUUUCAGCUUAUGGAAAACGUCCAAAGAUUCCAAGCUGCCAUUAAGGAAUAUGGUGUCCCACAAGAAGAAAUCUUCCAGACAGCUGAUCUCUUUGAAAGACGCAAUAUCCCACAAGUUACACUGUGUCUCUACGCUCUGGGUAGGAUCACCCAGAAACAUCCUGAAUAUAAUGGACCACGUCUAGGACCAAAAAUGUCUGAGGAAAAUAAAAGAACGUUCACGGAAGAGCAACUCCGUGCUAGCGAGGGCCAACUCAAUUUACAAAUGGGUUUCAACAAAGGAGCCAGUCAAGCUGGCCACGGAGGAUUCGGUAACACCCGACACAUGUAAACAAUGCGUAAAGAACGCGUUAUCGAGAACUUAUAUAAGUAUUCGUUUACUAUUUAACCAUCGAUCUCAAAGAACUCGAAGAACACAACUAGCGACCAAUUCGAAGUAUUCACAUUGUAAAAUUAUGGCACAAAAACUUUGCUUUCUCGAUAAAAUACCUACGUAAACGUGCCCCAGAGGCACUGCAACAGUGCAUGUAGCCUCUUUCUUCAAAAUAUAUUAUUAGAACUUCGUUAUACUGUGUGUAUACGUAAAUGUGAUAUCCUGUUGAUAAACGAUAAUUAUUAACCGAACACGACUCAUACACUACACUUGAUACACUGCACGUUACAUCACAAUCACAUAUAUACACACACGUUACACUGGUUACACUAAACAUACAUAAGUACUUACACGCAUUACACUAAACAUGCAUAAGUACUUACACGCAUUACACUUAAACAGACAUAAGUACUUACACGCAUUACACUUAAACAGACAUAUGUACAUACGACUCAACACAUACA